AUAGCAUCUUUGUCUUGAAUCUAAGUGCGCUAUCUACUUAGCGAGCGGAGUUAGAAUUUGAGACACCGCCACAGUCCCGCAUUGCGGCCUGCUACAGUGUACACAAAGCUCUUUAAUACUAACUAUUCGAUGACUUUGAAGAAAUGCUGAUCGAUGAUUGACAGCUGUCGUGUGUUUGUUUUGAAGCGCUCGCUGUCUGAUUGAUUCGCGCUAAAGCUGGGAAAACGUCCAAAACUACUGCAGAUGUAAUAUUUUUGCCUGGUUUAUUUACAAGCAGGGAAGGCCGCUGUCAGAUCCAGCAGAAGUCGCGGUCAUGUACUCCGAGUGGCGCUCUUUACACCUGGUGGUCCAGAACGAUCAGGGUCACCUGAGCGUCUUACACACUUACCCAGCCGGCGUGGGUCGAGACGUGGCAAACGCUGUGGUGCGGCCCCUGGGAAACAGCCUCGGAGGAGCGCCGUCUGAGUGCCUCCUCAAGACUGACAAGGAGGUGAAAUGGACCAUGGAGGUGCUGUGUUACGGCCUGACGCUCCCGCUGGAUGGAGACACGGUUAAGUUGUGUGUGGACGUCUACACUGACUGGAUAAUGGCCCUGGUGUCUCCGAGAGACUCUAUACCCCAGCCCAUCAUUAAAGAGCCUAACCUCUACGUCCAAACCAUCCUCAAACACUUGCACAACCUUUUCCUGCCCAGACCAGAGCACUUCAGCCUGGUGCACUUUAAAUUGUGUCAGCAAGUGCUGUCUGCCGUGCAGAAGUUGGCACGUGACUCGUCCGGCAUGGCCAGAGAGACCUGGGAAGUGCUGCUGCUCUUCCUGCUGCGCAUCAAUGACACGCUACUGGCCCCGCCCACUGUGGGAGGUGGAAUAGCAGAGAAGCUGGCCGAGAAGUUGAUCAGCGUGCUGUUUGAGGUUUGGUUCCUGGCCUGCACGCGCUGCUUCCCCACGCCGCCCUACUGGAAGACGGCCCGGGAGAUGCUGGCCAACUGGAGACAUCACCCUCCGGUGGUGGAGCAGUGGAGUAAAGUCAUCGCUGCUCUCACUUCCAGGCUGCUGCGGUUCAUGUACGGCCCGUCCUUCCCUCCGUUUAAAGUGCCAGAGGAAGACGCCAGCCUCAUCCCCGCUGAGAUGGACAACGACUGUGUGGCUCAGACGUGGUAUCGAUUUCUGCACAUGCUCAGUAACCCCGUGGACCUGAGCAAUCCCGUCAUAGUGAGUUCCACCCCAAAGUUUCAGGAGCAGUUGUUGGGGGGAAACAGCGUUCCUCACGAGGUCAUUCAGCACCCCUGCCUCAAACAGCUGCCUCAGAUCUUCUUCAGAGCGAUGAGGGGCGUCAGCUGCCUCGUGGACGCUUUCCUAGGUAUUUCCCGCCCCCGGUCAGACAGUGCUCCGCCCACACCUGUCAAUCGGCUCAGUAUGCCCCUGCCCCCAACGACGACCAACACUACACCCCCUCACAGCCGCAGGCACCGCCCCACCGCUGUUGUCAAGACAACCAGCAAAGCCUCAACGACUGGUCAGACCAAAGUGUCGCACCAGCCGUCAUCCACUUCCCCGCUCUCCAGCCCAAACCAGACGAGCUCUGAGCCGCGGCCGCUACCGGCUCCGACCCGGCCGAAGGUCAACAGUGUGCUAAAUCUGUUUGGCCAGUGGUUGUUUGACGCUGCGCUGGUCCACUGUAAACUCCACUCCGGCCUGAGCAGAGACAGCAGCAUGACCGCAACAUUUUUCCAAAUUCUUCUUUCUUAUAAAUCUUCCCUAGCGACUCAAGCUGGAGUUGAACUGAGACGUAAAGGCUCUCAGAUGUCCACGGACACCAUGGUGUCCAACCCAAUGUUCGACGCCAAUGAGUUUCCUGAUAAUUACGAGUCGGGUCGAGCCGAAGCGUGUGGGACGCUGUGUAGGAUCUUCUGCAGUAAGAAGACUGGAGAGGAGAUACUUGCAGUGUACCUGUCCAGGUUCUACAUGGUCCUCAUCCAGGGUCUUCAGAUAUCGGACUUCAUUUGCAGGCCGGUUUUAGCCAGCAUCAUCCUCAACUCUUCGGCUCUGUUCUGCUCCGAUCUCAAAGGGAUCAAUGUUGUGGUUCCUUACUUCAUAUCUGCGCUGGAGACCAUCCUACCGGAUCGAGAGUUGUCUAAGUUUAAGUCGUAUGUGAACCCCACUGAGCUGAGAAGAGCUUCCAUCCAUAUCCUACUGUCCAUGCUUCCUCUUCCUCACCACUUUGGCAACGUUAAAUCAGAGGUUCUGUUGGAGGGGAAAUUCAGCAAUGAUGACAACUCUCUUCAUGACAAGGCCGUCACCUUCCUCUCCCUGAAGCUGCGAUUGGUCAAUAUUUUGAUUGGCGCCCUGCAAACAGAGACAGACUCGAUCAAUACACAGAUGAUACUAGCGGCAAUGCUGAAUAUCGUCCAGGAUUCGGCUCUGUUGGAGUCUGUUGGUGCUCAAGCUGAAGUGGGCAGCGUGGACGGAAGCCAUUCUCAGGCUAAGAGCCACAGUCGUAAUAACAGCGGCAUCAGCAACGCUAGCGCAGGCAGCUCCGAGGCUACGACUCCAGACAGCGAGCGUCCCGCGCAGGCCCUGAUGAGGGACUACGCUCUCCACACAGACACAGCGGCUGGGCUGCUGCUCCGCAGCAUCCACCUGCUCACCCAGAGAGUCAACUCUCAGUGGAGACUCGACAUGAGCAUCUCACUGGCUGCCCUCGAGCUGCUGGCUGGCCUCGCCAAGGUGAAGGUGAGCGUGGAGUCGUCGGAUCGUAAGCGUGCCGUCAGCUCCGUGUGCAGUUAUAUCGUGUAUCAGUGCAGUCGUCCCGCUCCGCUUCACUCCAGAGAUCUGCACUCCAUGAUCGUUGCUGCUUUCCACUGCCUGUGCGUCUGGCUCACAGAGCACCCCGACAUGCUCAAUGAGAAGGAUUGUCUGAUCGAGGUGUUGGAAAUCGUCGAGCUCGGCAUCUCGGGCAGCAAGUCCAAAACCGGCGAACAGGAAGUGAAGUACAAAGGUGAUAAAGAGCACAACCCGGCGUCGAUGAGGGUUAAAGACGCUGCCGAGGCCACAUUAUCAUGUAUAAUGCAGGUGUUGGGUGCGUUCCCGUCUCCCAGCGGCCCCGCAUCGCCCUGCAGUCUGCUGAAUGAAGACACACUGAUCAAAUACUCCCGACUCACCUCCACAUCCCACAGCAACUUCAGAUACUUCGUUCUGGAUAACUCCGUCAUUCUCGCCAUGCUGGAGCAGCCGCUGGGGAACGAGCAGAACCCCAGUCCGUCAGUCACCAUGUUAAUCAGAGGCAUGUCCGGUCGACACGCGUGGACAAUGCAGCUCUUCCAUCAGCCUCGUGGAGCAAGAGCCAAUCAGAAGCAAGUGUUUGUUCCUGAAAGCCGACCGGAUCCCAAAAACGAUGUAGGGAUUCGGUUUAACGUCAAGCACAGGCCGUUCCCAGAAGAAGUGGAUAAGAUUCCGUUCGUGAAAGCCGACCUGAGCAUCCCGGAUCUCCAUGACAUUGUAGAUAAAGAGUUGGAGCAGCAGCACGAUAAGCUGCGAGCCGUGAUGGGAAAGCAGAUAGAUUACGAGACGAAACUGGAGCACUGUACGGAGGAGUUAUGGAGGAACAAACCCUUCCCAGACCCGCUGACAGACUGUAAACCGCCAGCUCCCGCUCAAGAGUUCCAGACGGCCCGCCUCUUCCUGUCGCACUUUGGCUUCCUGUCACUAGAGGCGCUCAAGGAGCCUGGAAACAGUCGACUGCCUCCUCACCUCAUCGCUCUGGACUCAUCCGUGCCGGGCUUUUUCGACGACAUCGGCUACCUGGACCUGUUACCGUCCCGGCCGUGUGACACCGUGUUUAUCUUCUACAUGAAAGCUGGACAGAAGAGCAGCCAAGAGAUUUUGAGGAAUGUGGAGUCGUCAGCAAACGUACAGCCACACUUUCUGGAGCUGCUGUUGUCUCUGGGAUGGCCGGUGGAGGUCGGACAGCAUCCGGGAUGGACGGGGAGUGUGUUCACCAGCUGGACUAUCAACACAUCCAACGGCGCUGAGACACCAGUGUCGUGUGUGUGUGUGUGUGCAGAUGAUUCAGUGACUCUGGGUGACACUGGCGGCGGUGUGUUUAAUGGAGAGAAGCGGGUGCUCUAUUACGCAGACGCUCUGACGGAAAUCGCCUUUGUCGUGCCGUCCCUCGGCGACUCGUCCGCCGAGUCAUCGGAGCACAGCUUCCCGACCGCAGACUCAGACUCUCAGAUGGAGCUGUUACCCAGUUUACUGAAGCAACCCAACCUGACGCUGGAGCUCUUCCCCAACCACUCCGACAACAUGGGACCAGCACAACGGUCCCCGACAGUGAAAAGCAGGAAGUUGCCGGCUGGCAGGACGAUACCGCCGUUAGGACCAGACGCCAAAGUGUUGGUCGUGUGGGUUGAGCGAUACGAUGACAUAGAGAACUUUCCCGUGUCUGAGUUAUUGGCGGAGACGAGCACCGGUGUGGAGACGGCAGUCAACAGCAGCGCUUCCAGGUCCAGCUCCUCAGAGAAGGAUGUUCCCAUAAUAUUCAUCCAUCCGCUGAAGACCGGCCUGUUUCGGAUCAAACUGCACGGCGCUGUGGGCAAAUUCAACAUGGUCAUUCCUCUGGUGGACAACAUGGUGGUCAGCAGGAGAUCACUGGGAUUCCUGGUGCGUCAGACUGUAAUAAACGCGUGUCGGAGGAAGCGUCUCGAGAGCGACUCUUACAGCCCGCCACACGUGCGGCGGAAACAGAAAAUCACAGAAAUCGUGAACCGCUACCGUAACAAGCAGCUAGAGCCCGAGUUUUACACCUCGCUGUUCCUGGAGGUCAGAGAGACGAGCCUCAACCCGUAAACCAACACAGACCAACACAAACCAAGGUGGAUUUCAUCUGCGCUGGAGUUGGCGGUUUUGAAUCAUUUUUUUAAUGUCGAUUUGGCCAAAUCCUCGCUCAACUCUAGCUGUUCACUAUCAGUGCCCACCUGACAGGAGGAUUAUUGGUCCAGAUCUUAAAAUCGAUCCUUUAUGUCUCCUUUGAAUCUCAUAAAAAACCGGUCAUGGUUAUACAGUAUUUCACCCCACAAUAAAUAAAUUACACACACACACAUAUAUAUAUAUAUAUUACAUAAACAAAAUGAAGCGUGUUUUUAGAGAUUCUUGAUCAUUACGAGUUUUUCUGACAUUAUUUUCAGCACAUUUCCUCCCCAAAUUGUUAAUACAUAU